UGUAAAAAAGAAAUCUGCUCUUUCAACAACAUUUCGCUGUUUUGUUUCUUAUACCUACGAACAAAACAUCACUUAUUUUCUAAUAACACUUUCGAUUACCGUAGCAAGGACAUUGCUAAGGACGUUUGUGCUGACAAUUACAAGUGAAUGUGUAGUGUAAACAAUUAAUUAAGUGAAUCGUCUAUACAGAGCAAAUUAAUAAAUAAUCGAGAGAUUUCAAUCAAACAUAAUUGAUUUAACGUGAGUGAAUAAUCAAUCUCUUUAUGUUGCACACGUACUGUUACGACACACGAUCGCAAAAAUGAGCUAUGAUGUGCUACUCACACGGCCAGGUCCUGGUCGUUUUACAUUCAAUCCGAACGCAUCAUCGGUACAAAAAGACAGCAGCCAAGCGCAACACCAGCAACAGCCAAAAGAUGGACAACCAAACACAAACAUAUCUCCCAAACGGGAGUCGGGCACACCAGCCCGAAAGAUAUCAUCGUCACGUUUUAUGGCAGCCUUUUCACAAUUCUACGGUAAUGAAGAUGUCGAGGACGUGGACAGCCCUGGCAAUACUCGAGCACAACAAGUACAAAAAACCGGCGAUGAAUCAUUUCCCGAAAUUAAGGGACGGGUCGAAUCUAAACUGAUGUCAAUGUGGCAUAAUGUCAAAUACGGAUGGGGUGGUAAAAUGAGACAGAAUUUUUCCAAAGAACAGCCCGUUUGGCUGUUGGGUCGAUGCUAUCAUCGAAAAUUCUCGCCAGUUUCAUCGAUGGAAAAUUCCGUCGAAUUAACAAAUUCUGCCGACAAUAAAUCAACAGAUCAGCAUCAUAAUCAAAUACAUCAGCACUAUGAUGUGCAGGAGUUAUACGACGUUCAAGAAUACGGAACCGAUGCGAUUGAAGGAGAAAUAGCGGAAUGUCAAUGGGAAGAAGGCAUCGAAGGUUUCAAACGGGAUUUUUGCAGUCGGCUGUGGAUGACGUAUCGUCGUGAAUUUCCCAUACUGAACGGAUCGAACUACACAUCGGACUGCGGCUGGGGCUGUAUGAUCCGCAGCGGUCAAAUGAUGCUGGCCGAAGCGCUGAUUCGACACUUUCUCAGCCGAAGCUGGCGCUGGGAUGCCGAAUCGCAAAUACACAUAACGCAUGACGACAAUAUGCAUCGGAAAAUCAUUCGCUGGUUCGGUGACAGUUCCUCCAAAAACAGUCCGUUCUCCAUACACACGCUGGUGAAUUUGGGCGAAGAGAGUGGUAAACGGGCGGGCGAUUGGUAUGGACCGUCGUCCGUGUCACAUCUAUUGAGGCAAGCUGUUAAAUUGGCCUCGCAAGAGAAUGCCGAUUUCGAUGAUGUCAAUGUUUAUGUUGCGCAAGAUUGUACUGUUUAUAUCCAAGACAUAUUAGAUGAAUGUUUGGUACCUGAACCGCCGACCGGCCCAGUCACACCAUGGCGUAAAAAAUCGGUGGAAACUUUCAAACAUGGCACAUCGAACAUGCAUUGGAAGUCUGUAAUUUUAUUAGUGCCACUUCGAUUGGGUGCCGAAAAAUUGAAUCCAAUUUACGGAAACAGUUUGAAGACACUCCUCAGCACCGAAUACUGCAUUGGAAUUAUUGGUGGUAGACCGAAACAUUCAUUGUACUUUGUUGGAUUUCAAGAAGACAAACUCAUUCACUUGGAUCCACAUUAUUGCCAGGAAAUGGUCGACGUUAACCAGGAUAAUUUCUCCGUACACAGCUUCCACUGUAAAUCGCCGAGAAAACUGAAAUUGUCAAAAUUGGAUCCGAGUUGUUGCAUUGGGUUUUAUUGUCAGACGAAAAAUGACUUUGACAAUUUCGUUGCUAGUGUUCAGCCCUAUUUGUUACCCAUUCGACAAUCCCCACAACCAGGAGGCUCAAACUCAUCGCCGGAACCCAACUAUCCGCUAUUUGUAUUUUCCCGAUCUCGCAGCAGUGAAUACCAUGUCGAUGAGGUGGCCGAAUCUAUAUACAAACCGAUGCAACAGCAGCUUCGGAAUAUGAUGAAUCAGAACGAUGCCACCGAAACGUGGUCAGACGAUGACGACGAAACGGAUGAGUUUGUUAUCAUUUAAACAGUGACAACGACGACAACGACGUUUUGAGAAAGCCAUAGAAGAGAAAUGUUAAA